AUGCUGCAGCUGCACCCCGGAUCGUACGCGCUCAUCGUGUCCCACGAGAACAUCAGCAACAAUUAUUACACGGGGGUUGACAAGUCGAUGCUGGUGCCCAACACCCUCUUCCGCUCCAACGGCGCCGCCAUCCUGCUCUCCAGCCGCCCCGCCGACGCCGCCAAGUCAAAGUACACCGUCAAGCAUGUCGUGCGCACCAUCAUGGCCGCCGACGAUGAGGCCUACGGGUGCAUUUGGCAGACGGACGACGCUGAGAAGAAGCAGGGCGUGGCCCUCAAGAAGGAGCUCAUCGGUGUCGCCGGCCGCGCGCUCACCCGCAACAUGGGCCGUCUGGGGCCGCUCGUGCUGCCUGUGUCUGAGCAGGCCAAGUACGCCGGCAGCGCGAUGCUGCGCGCCGCGCUAAAGGUGGCUCCCGCAGGCGCCGCGGCGCUAGUCCCCGAGGCGUGGCGCAAGCCCUACACCCCAGCUUUCUCCAAGGCGUUUGACGCGGUGUGCAUCCACACCGGGGGCCGCGGCGUCAUCGACUCGAUGCAGGACAGCCUGGGCAUGGGCAAGGCGAUGGUGGAGGCCAGCCGCGCGUCGCUGUACGAGUUUGGCAACACCAGCAGCUGCAGCGUGUGGUACGAGCUGGCCUACGCCGAGUGCUUCAAUGGCGGGCUGCGUCGUGGCGCGCGAGUCUGGCAGAUUGCGUUUGGCAGUGGUUUCAAGUGCAACAGCGCGGUGCUGGUGGCCAACCGUCCCGUCAAGGACAUGCACGCCGCCUGGAGCAGGUUUGACCGGUCAAAGAUGUAUGCGCAGCUGGAGGAGAUCGACCGUGAAGUUGCCGCGUCCAGGGCACGGCGCGCGGCCGAGAAGGCCAAGGCCACCUCGGCCUGCGCAACCAGCGAGCGGCAGUGA